UCGUGUAAAAUCAGUGUUAUUAGUUUAACGUGUUAAUUAUAACUUCGGGAUGUUCCGUUGAUAAUAAUUAUGUUCAUUUACCAUGGUGUUCAUCUUCAGAAUUUAAUUAUUCAUGACUUUUAAAGUGGUUCGUGAACUGCUUUUACAUAAGCGUUUAGAAAUCCAAUCCUAAAAUAGUUUUCGAAAGAUUAUCACAAAAACCAAGUGUAUCACUCACAAUCAAUUUGAUCUACAUAUGUACGUUCAAAAUGUCAUUCCAUAAUUGACGAUAAAACAAUUGAAUACAUUUGAUGUUUAAUCAUUAAUCCGUCGUCUGAAAGAUUGGGAAACAUUUUAUAAAUGGAAUUAGUAACUUCUGAUACGAAACUUUAGUAAAAACUACAAUGGAUGGAGGUAAAGAAUAUCGUGUUGAGAGAGAUACUUUUGGUGAGUUGAAGGUACCCAGUGACAAAUAUUAUGGAGCACAAACUAUGCGAUCAGUAAUGAAUUUUCCCAUUGGUGAUACAUUUGAACGCAUGCCUUAUGGUGUCAUUGUGGCAAUGGGUAUAUUGAAAAAAGCAGCAGCAGAAGUAAAUAAGGAAUUUGGAAUGGAUAAGAAGAUAGCAGAUGCUAUUAGCAAAGCUGCUGAUGAUGUUAUUUGUGGUAAACUCUAUAAUGAUCAUUUUCCAUUGGUGAUUUGGCAAACAGGUUCUGGUACGCAAACUAAUAUGAAUACCAAUGAGGUAAUUUCGAAUCGUGCAAUUGAAAUACUAGGUGGUCAACUUGGAUCGAAAAAUCCUGUUCAUCCGAAUGAUCAUGUAAAUAAAUCUCAAAGUAGCAAUGACACCUUUCCAACUGCAAUGCAUAUAGCAGUUGCUUUGGAAAUUAAUAAGGUGCUUCUUCCUGGAAUGCAGUGUUUGUGCGAAGCUUUACAAGCAAAAGCACAAGCAUGGAAAGAUAUUAUAAAAAUUGGUAGGACUCAUACUCAGGAUGCUGUGCCAUUAACAUUAGGUCAAGAAUUUUCAGGAUAUGCAAUGCAGAUGAAUAAUGGUAUUGCAAGGGUAAAAAGUACUCUUCCCAGAUUGUAUGAAUUAGCGCUUGGUGGUACUGCAGUAGGUACUGGACUGAACACACCAAAGGGUUUUGCAGAAAAAGCAGCAGCAAAAAUUGCAGAACUUACGUGUUUACCAUUUGUGAGUGCUCCAAAUAAAUUUGAAGCUUUGGCAGCACAUGAUGCUAUGGUAGAAGUGUCUGGUGCGCUUAAUACCGUUGCAGUAUCGCUUAUGAAGAUAGCCAAUGAUAUUCGAUUCUUGGGAAGUGGACCACGUUGUGGUUUAGGGGAGUUAUCUCUUCCUGAAAAUGAACCAGGAAGUUCAAUUAUGCCUGGUAAAGUAAAUCCGACACAGUGCGAAGCAUUGACAAUGGUUUGUUGUCAAGUAAUGGGAAAUCAUGUUGCAACAACGGUUGCUGGAAGUAACGGUCACUUUGAGCUUAAUGUAUUUAAACCAGUCAUAGUUGCAAAUACACUGAGGUCUGCAAGGCUUCUGGGUGAUGCGUGCGCUACGUUUACAAAGAAUUGUGUUGCGGGCAUCAAACCAAAUAAUGACAAAAUUAAUAAACUUCUUAAUGAAAGUUUAAUGCUUGUCACAGCAUUAAAUCCGCACAUUGGUUAUGAUAAAGCUGCUGCAAUUGCAAAGCAAGCUCACAAAGAGAAUCUGACACUAAAGGAAUCAGCAUUGAAAAAUGGUGUGACUGAAGAACAAUUUAACAACUGGGUUAAACCCGAAAAUAUGAUUGGUCCAAAAUAAAUUAUUUAAUAGAACAAUAUGAAACGUUAGAAUCCGAUUUUUUAAGAAAUACUUUUAUUGUAUAAAUUAUUUGUUUAAGUAAACGUCAAUGAAUUUGUUAUUGUAUAUUUGAGAUAUCUUUAGUAUCUGUUUAUUA